UAAUACUUUCAACACUACUAUAUAACAAAUAAUUUGAGUCAUGAGUUUUACACAGAUAGACUCAGAUUGUAAGCUAGCAAGAGAGUACGCUUUGCUUGGUAACUAUGAUACCGCCAUGGUUUACUACCAGGGCGUCCUACAAGAGAUCCAGAAGCUGCUCACAUCAGUACAUGAGAAUGAUCGGAAACAGAAGUGGUCCCAAGUCCGGACCCAGAUAAACGUAGAGUACGAGCACGUUAAGGACAUCUCCGCAGUUCUCGCCAGUUUCAAGAUGUCAGAUCCGGUGCCGUCUGCGCGACCUCUUGGUGGACCACGUGAUGGACCACGUGAUGACUUCAUCAUGCCCCAGGACGAUAACGGAUAUGAUCCAGAUGUGUGGCCUCCACCAACACCUGCAGAGAGCAACAGGAACAGAGCUCCUGUUCACAGAGAUGUUAGACAGAACAAGAGAAAUGAUCCUCCUCCUGCGCGAAGAGGAGCGGGUAAUGCAGGUGGACGAGGAAACUACCUAGACCGUGGUAAAGUAGGAAACAAGGCAGCAGCUAAGAAGGAGCCCGCUAAAGAUUACCCUGGUAGACCACCUAAAGUUGAGCGUCCUGUCAAGAAUAACGAGGAGCCAAAGUUCGACGGAUCUGGACACGAUAAGGACCUGGUGGAGCAGCUAGAUCGAGAUAUUAUCGUACGUAACCCUGAUGUUCACUGGGCGGAUAUAGCUGGUUUGUCUGACGCUAAACGACUCCUCGAGGAGGCUGUCGUCCUGCCCAUGAUGAUUCCUGACUUCUUUACUGGCAUUAGGCGUCCUUGGAAGGGAGUAAUGAUGGUGGGCCCUCCAGGAACUGGUAAAACUCUCCUAGCUAAAGCGGUAGCUACGGAAUGUGGCACUACAUUCUUCAACGUCUCCUCAUCUACCCUAACCUCAAAGUACCGGGGUGACUCUGAAAAACUUGUCAAACUUCUCUUUGAAAUGGCCCGAUUUUACGCACCCUCCACAAUAUUCAUCGACGAGAUAGACUCGAUUUGUUCAAAACGUGGUUCUGAUUCAGAGCACGAGGCUAGUAGACGUGUAAAGUCAGAGUUGUUGAUACAAAUGGACGGUGUUGGAGCUUGUACCACUGACGGGCCCACCAAGAGUGUUAUUGUUUUAGCUGCCACAAAUUUCCCCUGGGAUAUUGACGAGGCGUUGCGUAGACGUCUUGAGAAGAGGAUUUACAUUCCUCUACCUUGUCCAGAGGGUAGAAAGUCCCUUCUUGACAUAAACCUCAAACAGCUGCCUAUAGAGGCUGAUAUCGAUAAGGAUAAGAUCGCUGACGGACUGAUUGGUUACUCUGGUGCUGACAUAACUAACGUUUGUAGGGAUGCUAGUAUGAUGUCCAUGAGACGCCGAAUCCAGGGCCUUACCCCGGAGCAAAUCAAAGCUAUUCCUAAAGAUGAACUUAACAUGCCGAUAACAGCUCAAGAUUUUCAGGAGGCGCUAGCCAAGGUCUCCAAAUCUGUUUCCGAAGAAGACAUAGAGAAAUAUGUUAAAUGGAUGGAUGAGUUUGGAGCUGUGUAGGAUAUCGUUACGGAAGCUCUAAAUUUGUGGAACACAACAAAUAUGUUAUUCAAUUUAGUGAUGUUUAAAUGCAUUCAAAAUAUAUGUACAAAAUUUAUUAAGUAUAUUUAAGAUCUUUUAA